GAGACGGUCAGUGUGUCUGAGUCAGGGGCUGGGUUUCUGGGUUUCUCUUUUAUCCAAGAAAAGAAAAAGAACUCAAGCAGUUUGAAGCAUGUCGGGACAAAGACAGUGAGUGAACCUUUGACAAACGAUGAUUUAAACCCUUCCAGAAGCUUCCACCAUGGCCAUACGGGAGCUCAAGGUUUGCCUUUUAGGGGACACUGGAGUUGGGAAAUCCAGCAUUGUUUGCCGAUUUGUUCAGGAUCAUUUUGAUCACAACAUCAGUCCGACCAUAGGAGCAUCAUUCCUGACCAAGACGGUGCCGUGUGGGAAUGAGCUGCACAAGUUUCUGAUCUGGGAUACGGCCGGACAGGAACGGUUUCAUUCAUUAGCACCAAUGUACUACAGAGGAUCAGCUGCUGCUGUCAUUGUCUAUGAUAUAACUAAACUGGAUUCCUUCCAGACACUGAAGAAGUGGGUGAAGGAGCUGAAGGAGCAUGGUCCAGAGGACAUCGUUGUAGCCAUAGCAGGGAAUAAGAAUGAUUUAGGAGACAUCAGGGAAGUUCCUAUGAAGGAAGCGAAGGAGUUCGCUGAAUCAAUCGCAGCUAUUUUCAUCGAGACUAGUGCCAGAAAUGCUGUCAACGUCGAGGAGCUCUUUCAGAAAAUCAGUAAACAGAUUCCCCCCCUGGAGAACCCCGAGGUGGACAGCAACGAGUCCUUCAAACUGACUCGGCAGCCUCCUCCGGCCACCAGGAGGUGCUGUUAGCACCGAGAGAGGCCCACGGGAGGACUUCCCUCUGCAGCAAGGACCCCGCCUGCACAGAAAACAGUCCACAAUGCACAGUGUCUCACUCCCGGGAGAGACGACAGAGUGGGCAGACUGAGGUCAGCAUGCACGUAUGGUCGAUCGCAGCACAGAAAAAAAACAACCUGCCAGCAGUAUUAUGUAGGUCAACGCACACGCAGUUUCCACAAGCGCAUUUUUUAUUUAGCUGCAGCAGUUUCAGCUCGGAUGAAGUCUGGAAGCAGAAAGUCUUCGGUUUGUCCCCCUCAUGUGGUGUUUGGACUGACUUACAGAAAGAUUCCUGUUAGUGUGGCACAUUAGAAACAUCAGUUUUAUCCCCUUGUGCUCUGUAACUUUAGAACCCAAUGAUCCAAGCCGAAGUGCUUUUUAACGCCAGGUUUUAGUCGAUGUCAUUUCCAGAGUCGACUGCUCUGUAGGAUUUUACUGCAUAAAUGAAAGUUUUUAUCAGUCAUUUCUACCCUCUUCUACUCAGUUUUUUGCACAUGUAUGUGUCACGCUAUUUUUUUCAUUAGAAUAUUUGAAUAAGAGCAGACCUUAAACAAGUUGUUGCUCAGAUGCAGCCACUUUACAUUCCUCUCAGUCAUGUGUUUUCAUGCACAUAUACUACAUAUAAGGUUUAAGUGUACAGAAUGAACAGCGUAGAGGCCUUUAAACGUAGUAUGACUCCUCCCCCUGCUGGAACACUGUGACCGAUGCUGGUAUUGUUUACAUGGUGAUUUGUUAAAGAUGUUUUCUACGUGCUGAAAUGUGUCGUUUUGAGAUUUUCACUACAGGGAAUGACCGUAAGCGACUGCCACACGUGAGCUUUCCAUGUGUUUCACCUGAAAAGGUUCCAUUUGUAAUGUUGAUAAGAGAAGAUAACUGCAUGUAUUUCACUCUAAACAUGUUAAAAAUUCCAAAAAGGCUGUUUUGUACAGUAUAUACUAACCAAACUCUAAAAGAACCGCGGGAAUAGAGCCUUAAGUUUCAAGAAAAAGGGUAAUAAUGAAGAUAGUCCUCAGAUUAUAUACAGUGUUGGCUGCUGAUUGUUUUAACAGUCUGGAUUUGACCACUUGAGAAAUUAUAACAGCACUUUUACAUAUAUUUAACACAGUAUUGAAUUGGAAUUAAUCUUUUUAAAUGACAGUUUUCUAUAAAGAGAGUAUCUGAUAAAAAGAAAGGAAAGAACAUGACGAUCAACCCAGAAGACAACAUGGUUUUCUAUCAAUAUUAUCUUAAAAACUUGUUUACAUUUGUACUUAAGUUAGUACAGAUUAAAGAAAUCAUCUGCAGUUUUUAUCAACUUGUAUGACGAAAUAAUGGAAUUGAUUUUAUAGUUUAUGAUGCUAUAUUUCCAUAUAGUUUCUGAUCACACCAAACUCCAUUCAAAAAUCUGACAAUUUAGUGUUUUGGUGCUUAUUGGACAGACAUACAGGUUAUAUCUUCAGAAAUAAAAUUAAAUCUGACCUUUUUUACUCUGAAGUAAAUGAAUGUCGCUUAUAAUCACCAAAAUUUUUAUUUAGUGACUAUAAUUUUCAAGUAAACUGUCAUAAAAUGCAGAUUUUUCAGUGCAGUUUGGUCAGAUUGGAUAAUUGAAUACAUGAAAUGAGAUUUCCUAUGAGUGUUCUGUUCAUCGCCACACAAGUGCCUUUUUUUAUGUUUUUUUCUAAACAAUUGUAUGACAUGGCUGAAAAUGCGUACUGCCAGAACAAUGUCUAAUUACUAGUCUUAAUCAGUACAGACUAACUGUACACGUUACAGCCGUCCUCAUGCUGCAUGCAGAAGUCAUGCUUCCUGUAUCCUCUGUAGACCAGAUUAACUUCUGUAUAUUAAUCAAUGUAAUAAAAGUAGUAAUUAUUCUA